AAGAGGACAAGACCCGUGGACUACAGAGCAAACGCUGUGAGAUACUGAGACAUGACAGGCAGGCUGGUUUGGGUGUGCAUAGCUUGACCUGUGUGCUGAAAUCGGGGAAGGGAGAAAAGCAGCAAACAGAGAGCAGAAAAGCAUUCGUUCUGAGGUCAUGGGGAGUGUUAGUGAAUUGUGUGUGUCCAGUUUUCAAGCUUUCUUAUGUCCAACGAUACCAAGGAGUCUUUCAGUGCCUGACGACCUCACACCUGAGGAACAGAAAGAACUGGAAAACAUCCGCCGGCGAAAGCAGGAGCUGCUGGACGACAUUCAGCGUCUGAAAGAUGAGAUAGCCGAAGUGACCAGUGAGAUUGAGAACCUGGGUUCCACAGAGGAGAGGAAAAACAUGCAGAGGAACAAACAAGUGGCAAUGGGCCGCAAGAAAUUCAACAUGGACCCCAAAAAGGGGAUCCAGUUCCUCAUUGAAAAUGAUCUUCUGAAGAACACCAGUGAAGACAUUGCACGCUUCCUCUACAAGGGUGAAGGUCUUAACAAAACUGCAAUAGGAGACUACCUGGGAGAGAGGGAUGACUUCAAUAUCCAAGUCCUUCAUGCUUUUGUGGAGCUGCAUGAGUUCACAGAUUUAAACCUGGUUCAAGCUCUCAGGCAGUUUCUCUGGAGUUUCAGACUUCCUGGUGAGGCACAGAAGAUCGACAGAAUGAUGGAGGCGUUUGCCCAGCGCUACUGUCAAUGCAACCCGGGAGUCUUUCAGUCCACAGACACAUGCUACAUUUUGUCCUUUGCCAUCAUCAUGUUAAACACCAGCCUCCACAACCCAAAUGUUAAGGACAAGCCCACAGUAGAGCGUUUCAUCUCCAUGAACAGAGGCAUUAAUGAUGGAGGAGACCUGCCAGAAGAACUGCUCAGGAAUCUAUAUGAGAGCAUCAAGAACGAGCCCUUCAAAAUCCCUGAGGAUGACGGCAAUGACUUGACGCACACUUUCUUCAACCCAGACAGAGAGGGCUGGCUGCUCAAACUGGGAGGACGUGUCAAAACCUGGAAAAGACGGUGGUUCAUUCUCACAGAUAACUGCCUUUACUACUUUGAGUACACUACUGAUAAAGAACCCAGAGGCAUCAUUCCCCUGGAAAACCUCAGCAUCCGCGAAGUGGAGGACAAGAAGCCGAACUGCUUUGAGCUCUUCAUCCCUGACAAUAAGGACCAGGUUAUCAAGGCGUGUAAGACAGAAGCGGACGGACGGGUUGUUGAAGGAAACCACACCUUCUACCGCAUCUCCGCUCCCACCACAGAGGAAAAAGACGAAUGGAUGAACAGCAUUAAGGCUGCUAUCAGUAGAGAUCCUUUCUAUGAGAUGCUGGCAGCAAGGAAGAAGAAGGUCUCCUCUAUGAAGAGACACUAAAGCUGCUCAGGACACUGGUGUUACAGAUUCAGGGCUACUGGAACUACUCCCCCUCGUGGAGACAACUGAGCUGUGCAGAAAGGAAAAACAACCCCAACUUCAGACUGGAUCAGCGAGGACAAACCUUGCUAAACUCUGCACCUAUUUUAAACAUCAUCUUGCUCAGCUCAAGCGCAUGUGUAUAUGUGUGCGUGUGUGUGUGUGUGUGUUGGAAGGACAGUGGGCUUUUUACUUGCUGCUGCUUCCUUGAAACCCCCAAAGAGAACAUUUUUCCUCAUGCUUUACCAAAAUACGCUCUUUCUAUAUCUCUCUCUCACUCUGUCCUCUUUCUAUACCUCUCUUGCACACGCGCACACACUCGCAUUAUCUGAAAUCAGCAGGUCUGACAGAAUGUGGAAAACCAAACGAAAGUUCCUACGCGCAUCAGAAAGGGAAGAUUUCCUUUGUGCUGAUGAUAUGUACAGGCAAUAAGUGUAUUUUUACAUUUUUUAAAUCGUGCACAAGCGGCUUAGUCCUCAGAGGUUUAUUUGUGUAUUUAAUUGUAAAAACAUUUUCCAAGAGACUUCUAUAAUUUGCAAAGGAAAUACAACUUUGUAGGGAGGGUGGGAAAUCACCCUGUUGAUAUGUUGGUAAACGGCUGCAUGGGCAUUUGUUUAUUUUCUCGCCAGACGCCAAUGCGUCUCGAGAUGCGACAUGCCUAUUUAGCAUGUCGUGAGAAGCUGCUGCAGUGCUUUGAAUGUUAGCAGCUGGGUUUGCAACGUGUCGUUCUGCGCACGUAAGCAGAAAGCCCGAAUGGUGGCCAGCUGAGGAUUUUGGGGAUAUCAUGCAUUGGUACUACCUCUCAGACAGGCAGGACGGUAAUUAAGCAUAUGGUAAUGUUUUUUUUUUAAUUUUUUAUUUUACGUGAGGUCGUUUAACCCAGACCUCUGCAUAAAAUGCUUUUAAUAAUGAAUAAAUGUGCCUAAUAACAAUUCAAGUUCAAUGUCAGUUUGAUCAGAAGUCCUCCGGAUGCUCCAGUGCCUGCUUGCGUUUCUCCGGUCACCCUUUCGAUAUACCUUCCUUUCUGGGGUUUCCAUCGGUCUAGCAGUUAUUCUUCAAGCAAAAUAUUAAAUCUAAGCAGUAUUGGUUUAAUUUAUCAAAGAUGUACAUACUUUAGUGUAUAGAGAAUAUUGGUUUCCAUUUUAUAAAUGUGUGUACUGUAUGUAGCAGUAUUGUACUAGUUGAGUGCCAUCUUUCUUUCUUUCUUUUUUAUUUUUAUGUUCUGGAUGUCGAUACCAUUGUAGUGGUAGCCAGAUCAUGCUGAAAUAAAGAUAUUAUAGCAA